AUGAAGUCACUCGUUGUCCUGCUCUUCUGGUGUGUCUACUUUUCUGAUUCUGAUGGUGCAAUCAUCCCGAAUGGUGUGAGUCCCCAUGUCAACAACUUGCUACCAAGAAGCAAAGGUGCUGGUCGUUUUAACAAGUUAGUAGCGAGGCAAGACCAAACAGGAAAUUUUCAAACAUUCAAUGGAACCCUGGGAUCCCGAGCCCCCAAGGUGACAAAGCAGGGUGACACUUUUGUUGUAGAGUUUGGUCGAGCCGACGAGACCUUCAGACAGGCAAUAGAUGCUAUCAUAAGGUCUUGUGACCGACAAUCAAACCAAUGUGCAGAUUUCUUUAACAGAAACGGACAAUUCAAGAUAAAAGAUUGUACUCUGCAACUUGAGGCUUGCAAAAACCUUGCCAAUUCAGUACAAGGGGCAGCUCAAAAUAACAGCCAAAAUGCGGGAAACAGUGGGAAUUCACAGGAACAGAAUGGAGCAAACAAUCAAACUGACCAGGUUGGACAAAAUAUAACAGAGCUAGGAAAUGGAACAAUCAGACCAAAUGGCCAAGAUAACCAGACCAUACAGAUUGAUCAGAAUACCCAGUUACAAAAUGGACAAGCUGGACAAAAUGUUCAAGAUGUCCCAAAUAUUCAAAAUGAUCAAGGUCAAAAUGGGCAGCCUGCACCAACUGGGACAACUGAGUCAACUGAACCAACUGGAUUAACUGGACCAACUGGAUCAACUGGACCUGUAUCAACUGGACCACCUGAAUCAACUGGACAAACUGGAACAACUGGAACACCUGGAUUAACUGAAGCACCUGAAUCAACUAGAGCACCUGAAUUAACUGGAACACCUGGAUUAACUGGACAAACUGGAUUAACUGGACAAACCGGAUUAAAUGGAACAACUGAUUUGAGUGGAACAACUGAAUUCACUGGAACAACUGAAUCAACUGGAAAAGAUGGAUCAAAUGUACCAACUGGAUCAAAUUUGGGAACUGGAUUAACUGGAACAACCACACCAACUUCAUUAACUGGAACAGAUAGAUUAACUCAACCAACUGGAUUAAAUGAAACAACUGGAUUGAAUGGAGGGACUGGAUUUCCUGGAACAACUGGACCAACUGAAUUGACUGGAACAACUGGACCAACUGAAUUGACUGGAACAGAUGGAUUGAAUCAACCAACUGGAUUGAAUUCAGGAACUGGAACAGGUGAAUUGGCUGGAGCAACUGGAUUAGACGGGAAAACUGGAUCAGAUGGAACAACUAGAUUAGAUGGAACAACUGGGUUGGAUGGAACAACUGGCUUUGAUGGGACAACUGGACUAAAUAGAACAACUGGGGAACAAAUAGAUUGA